AUGACAUCCAACAUCAGUGCAGCUUCCCUCUUCCGUGUCGAUGGCAUCGUCGCGGCCAUCACCGGUGGUGGCACAGGAAUCGGCCUCACCAUCGCUCGUGCCCUCGCCACCAAUGGCGCCAAGCGCGUCUACAUUCUCGGUCGCCGUCUCGACGUCCUAAAGACCGCCGCGGCCGAAUUCCCGGACAUCUUUGUCCCCAUCCAAUCCGAUGUCACGGACCAUGCCUCACUCCAGGCCGCAGUCGACAAAGUCACCGCCGACGCCGGUUACAUCAACCUGCUCGUCGCUAACAGCGGUGUCGGCGGCCCACCUUCAGGAUUCACCGGCCACCCAGAUGUGCCGCUCGCAGAAGUCCGCGCAAAGACGUUCACCGCCGAGGCGAUGGCCGAGACAACGAACACGCUCCAUGUGAAUGUGACGGGGGCGUAUUUCACGAUUUUGGCGUUCUUGGAGUUGUUGGAUGAAGGGAACAAACGCGCGGUGAAGGGUGAAGGGUUUGGGAAGCCGUUAGUGGAGGGGAGUGAUGUGCCGAGUGUGCAGAGCCAGGUGAUUGUCACGAGCAGUGUUGCGGCGUUUAGUCGGAUGCAUAUCUCGUCGCCGGCGUAUCUGGGGAGCAAGGCAGCGAUUUUGCAGUUGACGAAGCAAGUGAGUUCGAAUUUGGCCGUGUAUGGGAUUCGGGCGAAUGCUCUAGCCCCGGGAUUGUUCCCAUCCGAGUUGGCUGCAGGGAUGAUCGGUGACCGAGACCCGAGCAAGGAGCCAUAUGAUCAUCCGGGGUUUAUGCCGUCCCGAAGAUUUGGGGGCGACGAAGAGAUGGCAGGCACAGUGCUGUAUCUCGCUUCACGGGCUGGAUCGUACACCAGCGGGGCCGUCAUCAUGCCUGAUGGCGGCCGGUCGGCUGUCAUGCGAUCCUCGUACUAA